CUUCAAGCUCUUCCCGCAGCUGGAUGACUCCCCUCUCCACGUCUGGUACUGCAGGCAGCACAGGUAGUACGCCCGACAAUGUAUGACGUCGCACUUACAUGAGAGCUUGCGCAACAGCACAGGUGACCAAAAAUAUGAGGCGAAUUCCGUCAAUGGUAUGCCCUUUUAUAAGAAAAUCAGUCCUCUGCUUGAAUUCCUGCAUUCUCUCUCGUUUGUUUAAGUCACAUCUCCUCGAAAACUGGAAGAGACUUAGAACACGAUGAUCCACCCUGACCAAGUCGCCGAGAUGCUGUAUUCGAGGACAGCCACGUCGACCCACACUCACACUCCGGGGCCGAUCCCCACGGUGAUCCCAAGCCCGACCCACUACCAAACGGCCGGCGAGACAGGACACCGCACAUUAUGGGUGCUCUUUGCCGGCAUGUCGCUGUUCUCAGCCGCCUUCGCCCUGCUCUCGUGGCGUGUGCCCGUGUCUCGGCGCAUCUACCACGUCACGAGCACGCUGGUGCCCAUCAUCUCGGCGCUCGCCUACUUCGCAAUGGCCUCGGGCCAGGCGUCGGCCUUCAACUGCGAGACGGUGCGCGACAGCCACAAGCACGUGCCCGACACGUUCCACGACGUCUGCCGUCAGGUCUACUGGGCGCGCUACGUUAACUGGGCGCUGACCACACCGCUGGUCCUGCUGAAUUUGUGCCUGCUGGCCGGCAUCGACGGCGCCCACACCUUGAUGGCCUUGCUCGCCAACCUCAUCAUGAUUUUGAGCGGCCUCUUUGCUGCCUUUGGCGCCGAACGGACGGCCCAGAAGUGGGGUUGGUUCACCAUUGCCUGUCUGUCGUACCUCUUCGUCAUCUGGCAUGUCGGCCUGCACGGUACCAGGAUGGUCAAGGCCAAGGGCGCGAGGGUCUCUAGGCUCUUUGCAACGCUCGCGAGCUACACGCUUAUUCUUUGGACGAUCUAUCCAAUUGUCUGGGCCAUUACCACCCUUGCCCGCAGAACCUCUGUCGACACCGAGAUCCUCAUCUACGCGGUGUUAGAUGUGCUUUCCCAACCCGUUCUGCUGCUCUGGCUGCUUGUCAGCCAUCGGGCCAUUGCAGAGACCAAUAUCGAGCUGCCCGGAUACUGGUCGCAAGGCCUUUCUUCCGAGGGAAGAAUUCGCAUUGGUGACGAUGAGUAACUGUUGCCGGGGCGGCUGAUAUGUUGGGAACGGGACCGGAUGGCCAUGGAUGAACAGAGCUUGGUAGCUUGCGGGCCACGGAAGAGCCACGGGGUAAGCAGUACGCAGGUGAAUUAGGUCAACAAUCAACAAAAGGGGGGCAUGUGGGUCGAUGAAGAGUGGUUUAAGAUGGGA